AUGGCGCAUCCAAGCUACCUCUCGCCCAGCGAGCUGGGAUCGAAGGACUACUGGGAGAGUUAUUACUCCCGCACAAGAGCCCACCUCACCCACAGUCCCAACUCCGCCUACACCAGCCAUGCCAACGACAAUACCAAUACCAAUGACAGUGAUGCAGAAGAAGAAAACACAUCCAUAAACGAAGAAGACGACCCCGGCACCUCGUGGUUCGCAGAACACAAUGCCCCCGAAAAGGUAGCCCGGUUCCUGAGGCGCCGCUCGUUCCCGCUCUCGCCGCGCAACGGCGCCGCGCCGCGCAUCCUGGACCUGGGCACGGGAAAUGGCAGCAUGCUGGCGCUUCUCAGGAAGAGGGGCGGGUUCUGGGGUCCCAUGGUCGGGGUGGAUUACUCGGCGCAGAGUGUGGAGUUGGCCAGGGAGUUGCAGCUCGGGGAGGGGCAUGCGGCUUAUCGGACUGAUUCGGAGGAUGAAGAAUCUGAAUCUGAAUCCGAUGAUGGAGAUGAACCAGUGGCUGGGAAUGGCAACAGAGAAGAAAAAGGCAAUCAAGGGAACGAGGAUGCUACUCCCAUCCAAUUCGAGGAAUGGGAUAUCCUCAACUCGGACGCACCGCUCUCUGAAUCCGGCUUGGAAACUGUCGUCCCCGCUGACAAGAAUCCUCUGUCGUGGUUCCCCUAUGCCCACGGUGGCUUCGAUAUCGUGCUGGACAAGGGCACCUUCGAUGCCGUGUCGCUGGCGGACGAUGCGCAGACGUCUAGGGUCUGUGAGCGGUAUCCGGACAUUGCGCGCCGGCUGGUGCGCCGGGGAGGGUUUGUGGUGGUGACCAGCUGCAAUUGGACGGAGGAGGAGCUCGUGCGCUGGUUUACCGGGACUGCUGCUGGCGGUGAUCAUGAUAGACUGGUUGUCUGGGGACGGGUUGAGUAUCCGCGCUUUCAGUUUGGGGGGCAGGAGGGACAGGGGGUUUGUAGUGUGUGUUUUCAGAGGGUUUCUUCUUCUUAG